AUGCGGGUCUGCUCCGAUGGGCGUCUGGAGCCAGGAAAAGCUGUUGGUUCACGCCGGGCAGCGGCGUCUGCGGCUACCUCCAGAGGCCUGGUUGUUCCUCUGAGAAAUGGUCCUUGCAGCCAGAGGUAUAAACCUGUUGACUACAAACAUCUACAUGAACUUGCUGUGGCAGAAAAAGCGGCAUCUGCGAAAAUUCAGUUAAAGAUUAAAAAAACAGAGCGAGCUUCAAAAAUUAGCAAAGAGCAGAUACUGCUGAAACAGCACCGGCGAGUGUGGUGGCAAGAGCACAGGAGACUGAGCGAGAACAGGGAAAAAGCAGAAGCAGAAAUAAAGGCUUUUCUUGAUGAAGAAAGCCAAAAGCACAACUUUUUUUUGGAUAUGAGGGACCUGGGACAUAAAUUAUCAAAGGAGCGGGAUACUCACCGAACAGAUACUGUAGUUCCUAUCUGGAAACUAAAAGAGAAUUUGAAAUUCAGGCUGGCUGAGAUGAAGUGUUACCUCUCAGAAGAAUCUUGUCUGAAACCUAAGAUUAAUCCAGUUGAGAUGUUGCAGCAGAUCGAAUUUGCGAAGAAGCAACAGAAGGCAAUUUUGGAAUUCCUUAACCUUGAAAGUCUGGCUUUGGAAAGAGAGCUUGAAGACUGCAAGACAAAAGCAUUAGCAUGUUCUUCUGAAGAGAAAAACGGGCUUUUCCAUGAAGUUCCCUCAGCACUGCUGUCUUUGGAGUGCCCCUACCCUGACCUGAAGGCCUUCGUUAUCGAUGAAUACCAAAAGCUCGCACGGGAGUUCUGGUCUAAGCUUCAGGAGAUGGAUCACCAGUUACAAGCUGUGUCUAG